CCUCCAAAACACCAAAAACCAAGAAGAAAACCAUACCCUCUUCUCAUUUUCUCUUUCAUCUUCUUCUUGACCUGAUCAAAAAAAAGAAAAGAGAAUGGAUUUGGUGAAUUCAGUGCUGAACUUUGUGGUACCACCAGCAAGUUUGGUGAUGCUGGCGUUUGCAUGGCCAGCUUUGACUUUCAUAAACACGUGUGAAUGGUUCUACAACUCUUUCUUUGGUGAAAAUAUGGAGGACAAGGUUGUCAUCAUCACCGGAGCUUCUUCUGGGAUUGGAGAGCAAAUAGCAUAUGAAUAUGCAAAGAGGAAAGCCCAUCUAGUUCUGGUUGCGCGACGAGAAAACAGACUCUGGGGAAUCAGUGAGAAUGCCAGGGGACUAGGUGCAAAAAGUGUCCUCAUAACAGCUGCAGAUGUUGUUAAAGAAGCUGAUUGUAGGAGAUUUAUCACUGAGACUGUAAAUCUAUACGGGCGUGUGGAUCAUCUUGUAAAUACGGCAAGUUUGGGUCAUACUUUCUACCUGGAAGAAGCCACGGAUACAAAUGUCUUCCCCAUUUUGAUGGAUAUCAACUUUUGGGGAAAUGUAUAUCCUACCUAUGUAGCUCUACCUUACCUGCGGCAAAACAAGGGCCGAGUCAUAGUGAAUGCUUCAGUAGAGAGUUGGUUACCCUUGCCAAGGAUGAGCCUAUAUUCUGCAGCAAAAGCAGCACUUGUAAAUUUUUAUGAGACGUUGAGAUUCGAGGUGAACGGUGACGUAGGGGUCACAAUAGCAACACACGGAUGGAUUGGGACUGAAAUGACCGGGGGAAGAUUCAUGCUAGAGGAAGGUGCUGAGAUGCAGUGGAAGGAAGAAAGAGAAGUUCAUGCAUCGGGGAGUUCAGUGGAGGACUUCGCAAAGUUGAUUGUGUCGGGGGCAUGCAGAGGAGAUCCAUAUGUGAAAUAUCCGAGUUGGCACGACAUUUUCCUUCUCUAUAGAGUAUUCACACCAAAUGUUCUUCAGUGGACAUUUCGGAUGUUGCUUGCAGACCAAGGUGCACGGAGGACUUCCUUCAUUGGCACGGGAAGGCCUCUUCUUGAAUCAACCUCUCCUCGGAGACAGCCUCUUCCCGAGUCAACUUCUCCUCGGAGACAGCCUCUUGCCGAGUCAUCCUCUCCACGGCGACAGCCUCUUCUCGAGCCAACCUCUUCUCCUCGGAGACGAGUGGGACCUGUUCCAGUUCAGCAGCAGAUGGAAUAAAAGGAAGUAGAUUGAGUCAUACUUUAAUUUUACGGUGAUUGUGUUUGGGGUGUUUUUUAGUCAAGAUUCUGUGGAUAUCAUUGUAAGAGUUCACAAGAUACAAUCAAUAGUUGGCUCAACAAACGAAUGUACUUGGCUUGUUUAAGAAUGUUUGUAUUUGGUUUAGAAACACUUUCGAUAAGAAGUUUCCUUAAGUUCCUUCAGGAUGUUAUGUCAA